UCUUCACUUUUACGUUCACUUUCCAUGUGUUUGCAGGCUUUUCUUUACGUUGGUUUUAAAAUCACUACAAAAAGCUCUUCACAAUAAUCCGCUUUCAUUGUUUCCAAAACCCUUUUCACAAUUUCUCCUCUGCAAUCAAAAUGUCAAUUGCUGCAGUAGCCCCAGUAAGCAACAAUGGAGUCUCAACGACGACGUUUCAUGAUCUCCCUGAAGAAACCACCGCUGAAAUCUUCUCAAGACUGUCUGUGAAAGACCUAAUCAAAUCAAGCUCAGUGAACAAAGCAUGGUACUCUCUUAUCAACAACCCAUCUUUUAUUUCCUCUCAAAUUCGCAAAGCUGUUAACUUUUGUGAUGAUAAUGCUGUGCUUAUAAUCCCCCCUUUUAUCUCUCACCAAAAUUACUGCUCUUUAAUCUCUGCUGAUACUUCUCGAGUUAUCGAAAAAUUCGACAUUCCCUUUGUUACCAAGAGUGGCAGUUUGAAGCUAAUUGCGCAAGUAGAUGGAAUGCUUUUGUUAACUGAUUUGCAUAUAGAUUAUGCUUCUAGGGAGUUGUAUUUGUGGAACCCUUUUGUUAGGAGACACAGGGUUCUUGUUUCGAGUUGUUUUAAGAGGCUUUUGGAUGAUAGGGAUAGGAGUUAUUAUGUGGUCGGGAUGGGGUAUGACAAGGGUACGGAUGAUUAUAAGGUUAUUAGGAUUGUUUACGUUCAGGAUGGAAAGGGGAAGCAGUUUGGAGAGGUGGCUCCGAAGGUUGAGGUUUAUAGUUUGAGGAAGAACACGUGGAAGAAGAUGGGGGAUUCUGGGGUUCCGAGGCUUGUUAAUGAAAUGGGGGCUUAUGUUGAUGGUAGUUACUACUGGGUAGAGAUGAAACAACCCGGAACUGAGGAGUUUAAUAAGUUCAAGGGGAAUGAGUUGAGGAUAAUGUCAUAUGAUUUUGAUACGCAGUUGUUUGGGGAAUUUAACGUGCCAAAUCGUGUUCCCCGUCUAUUUGGAGUUAUUGCCCCGUUUAAGCUCAUGAGUUUUGAAGGUUCACUCGCUCUUUGUACUUUGGACCCAGAUUGCUACAAUCUAGUGCCUCCCAAGUAUUCUUUUCCUAUAUGGUUGAGGAGGCAACGAAAAGGUGUAGGCUCUUGGGUUCUACGUGCUACAGCUGUACUCAAACAAUAUGGGCAUCCUUUGAAUAUUACAAAGACUGGAACUCUUAUAGUAGAGUCAUGCCGAUCGGAGCGUCCUGAUGAAACACACAUAGUCUCUUUUAAUUUUAAGAGCAGGAUUUCUAAAGAUCAUGGAUAUGGUAAGCACGGGGGUCCAGAUGUUUCCCGUGAAGUCCUUGCUCCAUCUACUGUAGACACCUCGUUUCCACAGAGUCUGAUCAUGUACGAGGGAGGCAAAUCACUGUUGAAAUAUGCAAAGUGAGGAAUUGUCAGUCUACUGCUGGUAUAAGUGAUGAUAUUGCCCUGGAACUCGAUAACUUCGACAGCCUGCAUAUGAAGUUGUUUUAAGGUGCUAGCUUUUGAUAUUAGAGUUUAAGGAACCACUUUUAAAUGCCAUUUGGUGUAUUAUCUCGUAGACAGACAUGUCCCAAGUACAAGGAAAUACUAAUGUCUAGCAGAUCAUAUAAUGUCGUACCUUAACUAUCUCUUCCUAAUUUCAUCAUCGUAGCUGGUUAUGUGUUC